AGACAUCAUCUGCUUUCGGCUUUUUUGAGUAUGUGUCUGAGUAUUGGAAUGUGUUUUGUCUUGCAGACACCAGUAACCUAAAUACUGAACAAAAUGAUUCCUGGACCUCUGAGAACUGCUGGCUUGACGCUUCUGUGAAGGGCCAGAUGGAGACCAAGGCAGAGGAUGAUGGGCUUCGGAAAUCCCUGGAUAGAUUCUAUGACAUGUUUGGCCAUCCCCAGCCAGCCGCUAGAAAUCCACUCUCCGCCUCUGUCUGCCAGUGCCUGUCUCAGAAAAUCAACGAACUGAAGGGCCAGGAGAGCCAAAAGUAUGCCCUUCGCAGUUUUCAGAUGGCCCGGGUCAUCUUCAACCGGGAUGGCUGCUCGGUCUUACGGAGGCAUUCCAAGGACGCCCACUUCUACCCACCAGGAGAAGGACGUGUGUCUCUGGAUGAUGAAAAGCCAACCCCGGGACUUUCAAAAGACAUCCUGCAUUUCCUCUUGCAGCAGAACGUGAUGAAAGACCUCUAAGUAGCACCCAGUGGUAAGAGUAGGCAGUGUGGAGGACGGCCGGCCCUGUGGCCCACACUGUCGGUGCCCCCCCAUCCCCUGGGGCCUCUCCGGCCAGCCCUGUGGGUCCAGCCCCCCCCCCACCCCGUGAGCUGAUAGUGG